UCGUCGGAACGGUCCGGUCCGCUCGUGCGGGCAUUUGAACCAGCCUGUAUCCUUAAGAUGUCCAGACGGAUUUUGGUGAUUUUCCUUUUAUCCGCGAUCGCCGCCGAUCACGUUUGGGCCGCGUCGAAACUCCUGGAACUCCUAACCCAGAUCACGAAAUCUCUGGAGCAGCAUCGAAUUCAAAAUUAUGUGAAUAUAUGCAGAAGGUCUGAUCCGGAGUUUGACGAUUGCCUAAGGGAAUCCAUAGAGAAAAUCAAACCGCAUUUAGCUAACGGCAUUCCAGAGCUCGGGCUGCCCGGCUGCGAUCCCGUCCGCCUCACGGAAAUCACGUCCAACCAGGGGAAAGGCGAAUCGACAGUCCAGAUCCAAUACAGAAACGUCGAAAUCUCAGGCCCGUCCCAGUUCGCUCUCAUAUCUGUCAGUUCUGAUGUAGUUAACGGCAUCGUCAGGAUGAAGUUAUGGAUCCCUGAUCUAUCCAUGAAAUCAGACUACUCCAUCAACGAGUACAUGAGGCCGAUACACGCGAUCGGACGACACCAGGCGAACUUCUCUGACAUGGAUGUUUUGGCUGAAUUGCAAUGCGAGAGGAAUACCAAGGGGGGAGAAGAUUACUUGAACGUCAGAAAUGCCGCGGUCGACAUGCAAAUAGGACAUGCGAGCGUUUAUUUCUCAGACGACCAAAGGAAACUAGGUGAAGAAUUGAAUCAGUUAAUAAAUGAAAAAUGGCAAGGGAUUGCGGAAGAAAUGAGACCAGUGCUUGAAAAAACCAUCGCUGGACUUUUCCUGGCGUACUCAAAUAGGCUUUUCAGCCAGUACCCAUUGGACACAAUUAUGCCAGCGUAAUUCUCCACGUCAUCAGCACAUAAUUGGAAUAAAAAUUGAUUGUAAUGUUUAUUUAUUUAUAUUUUUAGUUUUUUUGUAAAAUAAACUAUUUCUAA